AUGCCAGUCCCAACACCUGAACUCGGUUCAUUCAACUUUGUCCCUGAGACAAAGGAGAAUCUUGACUGGGCGGACCUCGUCACUCUCGACUUCAGUCUCCUCAGUACAGAAGAGGGCAAACAGCAGCUUGCUAAGACAUUGGUCAAGGCCGUGCGCGAAGAUGGCUUCUUCUAUGUGAAGAACUUUAAUAUCUCGCAAGAACGUGUCAACCGUCAGUUUUUACUUGGCAAACAGUUCUAUGAGACUCCCCUUGAGGAGAAGUUGAAGUACGUACCGGAGGGCUUAGAUAACGGCGCAUUCAAUGGAUACAUCCCGGCUGGACGCAGAAUCCUCGAGCCCACUUCCGGCAUCCGGGAUCGGGUUGAAAUGUAUAACAUUCCCAAAUUCAACGGCGAUUUCAAGCAUACCCAUCCUACCAUCAUUCAAGAACAUAUUCAAGAGGCUGAGGAAUUCGCUAACUCCCUGAAUACUGAGGUUCUAGAGCCUCUUCACUCACUGCUCGCCAUUGCACUUGAGCUUCCUGAAGAUUACUUCCACAAACUUCACGUAUACUCGCAAAAGAGUGAGGAUCAUCUCCGGUACAUGAAAUAUACUAAGUACACCCCCGAGGAGAAUCUCAAACUUGGCAGGAUUUGGGGUCGUGGACACACCGACUUGGGCUCAUUCACCCUUCUCUUCCGCCAACCGGUAGCUGCAUUGCAAAUUAAGAAUCACACGACGGGAGAGUGGAAAUGGGUCAAGCCUCAGGAUGGCACUCUCACUGUAAAUACCUGCGAUGCACUAUCGCUUUUGACGGGUGGAUACGUCAAAAGCACGAUACACAGGGUCGCUGCGCCCCCGAAGGAUCAGGAACACGUCGAUCGGCUUGGACUGCUCUACUUCCAACGCCCUAACAACCACGUCCGACUCUCCACGGUUCAGGACUCGCCUGUCCUCCAGCGUGAGGGUUUCACUCAGAAUGACUUCGAGAGAAGUGGAAACCCGGUCCCUACCAUGGAGGAGUGGACCUUCGCUAAGCAGAAGUGGCAGCGCACCAAGAAUAUUGUACGAGAUGAUCCUCAGUAUGAGACAGCCCAGAUCUUGCCAGGAUGGAGGGAGAAAGUAUAUGCAUGA